CGCACCAGUUCUUCUGGUCACUUGCGCUUUCGCUUCCAGACAGUACAGCUGUUGUUACUUUCGCCAUCCAUUUGAUGCCAAUACACUCUCUCUCUUUCGCUCCGUGGCUCGUCCCUCUCAACAGGUUAUAUGGGCCCAGAGCGCGUUGAUCGUCGGUAAUCGUUCAACCGGGUCUGCUGUCAUCUGCUAGCUGCGUCGAGUUGGAAAUGGGAGAAUCAAGCAAAUUCUCUGUGGCGAAGCUGAUUGACGGGAACUACCAAGUAUGGAAGUUUAAGUGUUUCGGUGGACCUUUUGUAAAGUGGUACAACAACUUUCGCAAUUUCCGUGAUGACACGCUCUUUGGCAAUGAGCCGUGCUUUGCCCUAACGCAAAUUGGACCAUACGACACAUGCACCAGAAGACUGACGGCCCAAGAGAACUCGUUGCAGAACGGUUCAUUAGUCACUUCAAUACUACCCGUGGAACUGGUCUCGACUGAAGGCUACCCAACGCCCAAUGCUUUUCACCUAUUCCCUGAUUGUCCAGGAAAGUCAGUAAUUGACCCCGUGGUGUACAUUGACUGCGCAAAGUGCGUUAUUGUGAGGACCCCCGAAGGCAAUGGGAACGGAUGCCGUUUCUACACCAUCAAUCCGUUCGUCGUAGACCCGUGCUGCGAGUUCGUCUACCACUUAGUAUGCGGGCCGGAGAAGUACCACUACUACGACCCUGAGCGGUGUCCUCGUUACUAGGAUGCCAUCUAAGAUUUGAGAACACGACACAUGGUGUCUCGCAGAAUAAAAGCUUUGUGUGUUCAUCCA